CCGCAGUCAGCGCUGAUGCGGCGAUUCACGCGUUCACGUUGGCGAGCAGCCGAUCGGCUGGUAGGUUCGCUUCGUGUAUCCACAGAUCAUCGAAGCGCAAUUUAAAUGUUUAGUGUGCUUAUCUGUCCGUAGCCCGGACUACGACCGUGGCAGAGUUGUAGGAAGCAGACAAGCCGCCUCUGCAUUUUUCCACGCAGGCAUGGAUCAACCGCGGACGGCUGGCCGUGGCAGAGGUGGACGCGGCCGCCAGAGACGAGAUGAUUCCGAGAAAAGAUACAAUGCUUGGGGAGUGCCUUUGCAAACACAACGAACAGCAUUACCGGCUUCGUCAAGAGCUGCGAGGAAUGGAGAUGCCGACACGAAGUCUUCAGCGCCGGUGGUUAACCGGAAAUUCGAAGAAGCCUGUGCUAAAAUACAGGCGAACGUGGAAAAAUUUCUACCACAGUCUCGAGACGAUCGGUCGUCUUCAGAGGAAGAGCUUGAGACGGAGGGAAUCCUUUCUCGCGUCGUUGGUUCUUACUCAGAACUGAAUGAUGUGGGAUCAGGCGAUCUGCAAAGAACUGUCCAGUUUUUGACCGACAACCUUGUGUCUGGGGCUGUAGUGUGCCUUAUUUGUAUUGAGUCAAUAAAGAGAACUGAGAAGGUCUGGUCAUGUGGGGGAUGUUAUGGUAUUCUGCAUCUCAGCUGUGUGCAGAAAUGGGCCAAAGACAGCAUGUUUCAGCAGCAACAGCAACAACAAGAAGAUAUAACUCAACAGAAAUUGCAGUGGCACUGCCCGAAGUGUCGCAAGGACUACAGCAGUAGGGAGGGUCUGAAUGAGUAUCGGUGCUUCUGUGGCCAGAAGGUGAACCCCGAGUAUGACCCUUGGCUGGUGCCACAUUCAUGCGGCCAGACCUGCUCACGUAAUCUAGUGCCCGCCUGUGGCCACCGUUGCUUGCUGUUGUGUCAUCCAGGCCCAUGCCCUCCUUGUCCCAAGAUGGUGCGAAGCAGUUGCUAUUGUGGCAAAGCCGAUCCCACUGCCAGGCGCUGCAGCUCUCGUCUCUGGUCAUGUGGGAACCCAUGUGGGAAGAUGCUUUCAUGCGGUCAGCACACCUGUCAGCAUACGUGUCACGCAGGUGAAUGCAAGCCUUGCCCACGAAAAAGCCGGCAGGCUUGCUUAUGCGGGGCAUCAAAAGCAGACAGGCCUUGUGCUGAUCCAUUGUGGCAAUGUGAAAAGGCUUGUGGUAAGCUCUUGUCAUGUGGAGAGCACAAGUGUGAAAGUGUGUGUCACAAGGGCCCUUGCUCAGUCUGUCCAAGAUCAGGCCCUAGGGAGUGCCCCUGUGGAAAGUCAAAGUGGGAGCUGCCAUGCACCGAAGAUGUGGGACCUUGCGGAGACACCUGUGACAAGCUGCUCGCUUGUGGCAUCCACCACUGCAGUCAGCGCUGCCACCUAGGCAGCUGCCCUCCAUGCCUUCAGAUACGUCCCAAGCGAUGUCGGUGUGGAGCACGAGAAAAAGAGGUCCCAUGUAGCCGGGAGUACACCUGUGAAACAAAAUGCAAAAGGCUUAGAGAUUGCCGAAGACACCCAUGCAGUCGCAAGUGCUGUGAUGGCAGGUGUCCUCCUUGUGAGCAGCCCUGUGGACGCUCCUUGGCUUGCAAGAAUCAUCGUUGCUCCAGUUGCUGUCAUAUGGGUCCCUGCUAUCCAUGCAACGAGAAGGUGGAACUGACUUGUCGAUGCAAGGCAACCAAGGUAGCUGUGCCUUGUGGACGGGAGCGAAUGACCAAGGCACCUGCCUGCCAUCAGCCCUGCAGCAUCCCUCCAGAGUGCAAUCAUGAGAAGCGAGACCCACAUUUCUGUCAUGACGGUCGUUGCCCGCCUUGCACCCAGAAGUGCAACCGCACACUAAAGUGCGGCCACAUAUGCAAGGCUCGCUGCCACUUGGCUGUCUGGACCAAAAUUGUACCCAAGCAGGGUCAACGUGUUGGACCGUGGGAACCUUUGGCUGCAAUUCGGAUGGAAUUGGUCUCUCAAUCCUGCCCGCCGUGUACUGUGCCCAUGCAACUGGCUUGCCGUGGCAAACAUUCUAUUAGCACAUUCCCCUGUUCAGAGCUGCGGUCAUACUCGUGCGGGAAGCCCUGUGGUCGUUCCUUAGCCUGUGGUAACCACACUUGUGCCAUGGAGUGCCAUGAAGUCGAAGGAGCACCCAAUGAUUCACAGGCUGGAAGCAACUGCAGCACAUGUGACGAAGGUUGCCAGAAGUUGCGCCCACCUGGCUGCAGCCAUCCGUGUAAUAAACCAUGCCACCCAGGAGACUGUGCUCCAUGCACCCAGUACGUCAAGAUGAAGUGUCAUUGUGGGCUAAACCCUGUCUACGUGCCCUGCCACCAGUGGACGGUGGAGUCCAGGGACCGGCAGGAUGAACUGCAGAGCUGCAAGAACAGGUGCUGUAAGCAGCUGGAAUGUGGCCAUCGGUGUCCCCUCAACUGCCAUCCAGGCACAUGCGCCCCACGUAGCCAGUGCCGCAAGAAGGUCACGCUGCGCUGUCCUUGCAAGUGCCGCAAAGUAGAGGGACCCUGCUGCGAACUUGAGAGCAGUCUUGACUGCACUAAUGAAUGCCGUUCCAGUGUACAGGAAGAAGACUUGAAGGCAAGAGAACCCAAGUCAGAGCCAGAAGAGAAGACAAAAGGCCACAAAUUUGGACAGAUUCAGACUCUGAUUGCACUCAGUGCUGUAGUGCUGUUUGCUGCUAUGGCAUUAGCCAUCUGGGUAACGCAGUGGAAUGAGUAAGAAAUGACUCAAACUACGCUACUCUAACAAAAGAGAAAAAAUAAACAGACUACUGCAGGUA